UACUAUUCUUAUACCAUCUGUACACGUCGUAGAUACAGAUUAGAGUCUGUGAUCGCCUCUCUCUUUGACAACACAGAAGCUGUACUAGAUUUCAUUUUAAGAUCAAGCACAACUUCCGUGUGAUAAAUCUGAACACACUAUUUUCAUACCAUCUGCACACGCCUUAGAUACAGUUUAGAGUCUGUGAUCGUAUCUUUCUGUUGGGAAUUCCAGGUACAGAAACCUUCAUCUGAACUAGUUUUUGAUAUCUGAUUCUGCGCCGAUUCCUUGUCUCAACUGCAUUAAUACUACCUCAAUGUGGACCUGAGUUUCCAGGAAGUCUAGCACUCUCACAAUCACUGAAGAGAAGAUUAUAAACUUGCGACUCCAUGCACCAAACAGAAAAUUCUUCUGUGAGGUCGGAUAGAAAACCUGCCAGUUCCUACGAGUACACAAGAGUUGGAAUAUACUACGAUGACGACGAUGAGGAGCCACUAAUAAAUAUUCAAGAAAACAGAAUGUGUUGUUUGUGUUGGAUAACCUCAAAGUUGAAUAACUUCAAAGAAUGGCUGUUAGGAAAACCAAAGCAGGUGUUCUAUAAAAGACGAGUGCUCGAAAGCAACGAGCACGAGGAACCGUGCAAAUACCAGCGGGAAGCAGAAAAACUUAAGGAGGAAUAUAGAAAUCUAGAAAUCAGAUUAUCUGAUAGCCAGGCAGAAGUGAGAAAUCUGGAAUCAAAAUUCAGUCGCACAGAAGAAAUAUUAAAUGAUGUACGACGAGAAAAGAAAACGCUGCUGUACAAAUUUGAAGAAGAAAAACAAAGAAAAGAAAAAGCCCUAACCAGAUUAAGCACUAUUGCUGGGGAUAAAUUAAGGGUAAAUAACCCUCGAAUAGCUGAUCUAUCAGACGAAAAUCGACCAAUCAAACUAGGAGAAAAGUUCAGCGAACUCUACGACAACGAGUGGACGGAUGCAUACGAAAGUUUAGAAGAUGUUGGUGUCGACGAGGAAAAGAUAAUAAAAGAGCUUUUGGACAUUUUAAAGGAGGUUUACACUUGCUGUCAACACUAUGCCAAAGCCCAGAGACACAGACUGAUUCAUGCCAUCACACUACCUUCCAGAUCCGACGAGCAAUCACAGGAUGCUACAACGCCCGCAAUCGUGGUGUCCAAGGUGGUUGAACUUCAAAAACAGACAGCGUCGAUUGCUAUAUCUGAUGUAAAGAAUACAAUCAUUACAACCAGAUCAGAAGUUGCAGACACCGAAGUUAAACAGAAGUACACGGUCCGUUGCAUGCAGCUGUGCUGGAUGAUGGCAAUACAGGACCCUCCAAUGUUGCUCCAUUUUGGGCCGGCACAAAAUGAAGAUUUUGAUAAAAAUGUGUUCAGAUUGUACACAAAGCAAGGCAACAGAGUAGAUUUCAUUGUUUGGCCAGCUUUAGUUUUGCAUGUUAACGGGCCCAUUGUUCAGAAAGGUGUUCUUCAACCGAAGCCAAGCUGAUAGGAUAAUGCAUUUGACUGAUUGAUACCAGUGGUAUUCAAUGUCAUUACUACCUGUAGAAAAUAGAAGAUAAUCAUAAGCAAACAAGGAUUUUCUUAUUUUAUAAAAAGUAAAGCAAUGCAUGUAUGUAGAGUAAGGGAAAUAAUUCUGAUCGGCAUGAGUAAACUAAGGCCACGGUUAAUAUCAAGAAUAGAUGUCUCGAUUAUAUAUCCACUUAAUUGAAUAAUGACUGCAACCUCUCCUCGGACAGUUAAAAAGUAUAUCUUUAUUUUUACUGAUUUAUAUACUCCAAUGACUUUAAAGGGGCAUGGGCACGGAUUGAGAUGAAUUUUUUUUGAAAUUUUAUUUUUCCUUUUUUAAUAUUUAUAAUGUUUCAAUAAGGUAUUUCUAAUGGUCAGCAAAAACUUGGAUGUCAGCUGUCGAGGUACAUGGGAGAUACAGCGUUCACAAUUCUUUGUUAUGUAAACAAGGCUCGUGUCAUGUUUUUGUUUACAUAGGUUGAAUAUACUAGUAAAAGUUUCGUUUAAAGCAGAUUUUUCAAAUCAGAAGUUAAUUCUGAACACAAACGAACAGUUUGUAAUGUUUGACACAUCUAAUAUUGUUUUACACAUGGUAUAUUCUAUUGAGCAAUCUAAAUGUAAACAAAAACAUGGCACGAGCUUGGUUUACAUAACUAGAAAUUAAGAGUGCUGUAUCUCACUUGUAACUCAACAAUUGAUAUUCAAAUUUUGGUUAACUAUUAGAAAUACUUUAUUAAGCAUUGUAAACAAUAAAAAUGUAAAUACAAAGUUGGAAAAUUUUCAGCUGAAAUCGUGUCCAUGCCCCUCUAGAUAUGACAGGAAAUAGUAAUAUUUUAUUGUUACUUUCAUUCAUAGAUAAGAAUAAUGUGCAUGAUAUAUGUAUACCUCAUUGGAAACAUAUUUUAAUCAGAGGUAAAUCAAACAGAAAUAACUUUAUUUAUUAAUCCUCGUUCCUCCUUGACACACAACCACAUAAUAUGUUGAAAAUUGUUUAUUGAUCAAAGUUAAUAACUUUAAUUAUGCAGUUAGAAUAAUACAAUUCAUUCGUAUCAGGAAGUUGACAUUAAGUAAUUUUAUCAGUAAAACAAUUACAGCUAAGUAUUAACCUCCAUUGUUUCAGCAAAGAAUCAUAAUCUUAACUCGUACACUUUACAAGUUUAUCUUAUAUAUCAGCUUUUUGAUAUUGUCUUAAACACGUGAUUGUUUUAUAUAUCCAUACUUGUUAUUACCUGAAAAAAUAAACAAAUAAACAAG